AUGUCCAACUCGUCAGUUUGUUGUGCUUUUCAGUCACCCAUCAUAGCCCUAGUCUUACCCCCUAUACUUUUUAUAGAGUUCAUUAUUGGCCUAACAGGGAAUGUUUUGGCCCUCUCUAUGUUUGCUUUUCACGUGGAGAGCUGGAAGCCAAAUUCCAUUUACCUGGCAAACCUGGCUAUUGCCGACAUACUGUUGCUGUUCUGUGUGCUCUUCAGAGCCGACUACUACCUCAAGGGCCAGGACUGGACAUUCGGUGAUGUCCCCUGCCGCAUGAUGCUCUUCCUCACCUCAGCCAACAGGGCUGCCAGCAUCUUCUUCCUCACUGCAGUGGCUGUGGACCGCUACCUGAAGAUCGUGCACCCACUACAUCGUCUAAAUAGGAUGAACCUGAGUUACUCAGUGUGGGUCUCUGCAGGCCUAUGGGCUUUGGUUAUAGUUUUUACAGGUCAGUUGCUGGGGUCGCCGCACUUUUUUAGUGUCGGCAACCACACCCAGUGUGAGAGCUUCAACAUAUGUUUGAACAACAGUCCGCUUACCAUCUGGCAAAAUGCCUUCUAUGUGAUCCAGUUCUGUGUGCCAGGUGCUAUCAUCAUUUUCUGUACAAUCUGCAUUACGUGGCAGCUGAAAACAAAAACAAUGGACAACACAGGCAAGAUCAAGAGAGCCGUCCAGUUCAUUUUCAUUGUCUCCAUAGUUUUUCUCAUCUGCUUCUUCCCAAGCACUGCCACACGCGUCGCUAUUUGGAUCCUGCAGAUCUGGUACAAUGAGUGUUCAUACUUCAGUGAGGCAAAUCUGGCAUUUUAUACUUCAGCCUGCUUUACCUAUUUCAAUAGUGUGCUAAACCCACUAAUUUACUACUUUUCAACUCCAGCAUUCAGUGGUGUCAUAGACAAUUUUUUUAGAAGACUCAUGGGGAAAAAAGAAAAGGCAGCUCGAGGGAACAGCAGUGUGACUACAGCAACAAGCAAAUAA